AUGGAUAGUGUUGACAUAAAAAAUAUGAUAAUUAAAAACGUCUCUAAAUUAAAAUCGCUUGACGUCGGCCUGGGUCGCAUCGGACUCAGUCACGAUCUCUCCCCAGAGCAGAGAAAGGAACUGAGGUCAAAGAUAGAGGAGGCAAGGGCAUUGGAAGCUUCUGACAAGGGUUUUUUAUACCGUGUAAAAGAUUUUGGUGUUCGCAGUCUGACGCUUGGGGUUAUUGGUGACGAUUAUUUGGAUUCAUCUCUCGACGGUAAUAAAUGUUUAAUGAUGAAAGGCACUGGCAAUGACUUAAAUGGUAAUGUUAAUUUUGGUUUUGUAAUGAUGGUCAUGGUCUUGAUGGUGGUGGUUAUUCGAUGGUCUGUGGUACUGGAAGCGAUCUGA